UCACGUGGUGUUUACAAACGCACAGCUGACGGUCUGGUGAGGCGCAGCCGCGCAGGUGUGAAGACCGCGUGGUGGUGUGAUAAGCGAGGCAGUGAUACCACACAUUUCAUCUCUACCAGAAGUGGACGCAAGCUAAUACUUAAGACUCGGGGAGAAAUAUUUGUGUGUGAUGAGUGGCGGGCAGCAGUGUGACGUGUGCGGCGAGGCGGCGGCCAAGUACAAGUGUCCCAAGUGCAGACUGAAGUACUGCAGUGUGGGGUGCUACAAGAGCCACCAGAACCAGCAGUGUCAGCCAGCCAAGGCCACACACAGCCAGCAGGUGGAAGACGCCGAGGAAGGCCAUGUGUCCCAACAGCACGUCCUCUUUCCCACGGAUGACACUGUUCCCCCGCGCACCUUGGAAAAGCUCGGAGAGUGUGACAAGCUGAAGAGUCUCCUGAGCAACCGUCACCUGCGGGAAGUGCUGGUGGAGGUAGACAGUGCACCCAACGCCCAGGCAGCCAUGCGACGUGCUAUGCUGGAGCCGAUCUUCACGGAGUUCGCGGACACGGUGCUGGGGGUGGUAGAGCCUGACAUGGAGGCCGCCGCGCCGUCCCCCAGGAAACAGGAGGCCUUGUAAGGAUAGAGAGUGGGUUCGCGUAAUGCUCCAAUCAUUUGUUUUCUUCUUGUGUGUGUGUGUAGCGAAA